AAAAAAAAUUGAAAAAUUGAAUUAAAAAACUCUCUAUUAACAUAGGAAGAGUUUCAAAUAUAUUGGACGUACUAAGGAUAAAAUUGGCAUAUGUUUAAGUAGGAAUCAACAUUUAAUAACUUGUGUAAAGCGGAAAAAGUGUAAAUAGAAAAAAAUGGAAGAAGAACCAAAAAUUGAGGAUGUUUUAAAGAAUAUUUAUGACCUGUAUGGAAAUCCAGACGUCACAAAAAAGGAAGGAGCAUCUAAAUAUCUAGCAAAACUACAAGAUUCGAUUUAUUCAUGGAAAAUUUCGGAUCGUUUAUUAGCGGAAAAGCGGGAUAUUCAUUCAUGCUAUUAUGCAGCACAGACAUUAAGGAGUAAAAUUCAACAUUCGUUUCACGAACUACACGAAUCCGAUUAUGCAUCAUUACGAGAUUCUAUAAUAUCACACAUUGAGCAUAUUACAGUUAACACAAAUCCAACGAUAGCAAAACAACUGUGCUUGGCACUAGCUGAUUUAGUACUUUUGAUGGCUUCAUGGCAAAAGCCUGUAUCAAAUCUAGUUGAAAAGUUUUCACACAACUCAGAUUCCCUCCAGCCACUCUUGAUGUUGCUCACAUUUUUACCCGAGGAAGUAGAUGCACGCUAUCUAAGGCUCGGUGAAAAUAGACGAAAACAAAUUCUCAAUGAGCUCGAUACAAGUUCACCAAUAAUACUCAAUUUCCUUCAAUCGUGUAUCAUGAUUGGUGAUGCGAAUGUCCUGCAACACAUUUAUGUCGAUAUUAUUCAAUGUUUUAAUUCUUGGAUUAAGAUGGAUUGUAUCAAAUUGGAUGAUGCCGCAAAUUCAGCUGUGUUCCUUUAUGCUUUUAAAAUUCUAGCCGAUCCAUCUGGAUUAACGAAUGAGAAGCAAUUAGAAGUGGCAUCCGAUUGUGUUUGUGCUAUUUUAGAAGCAAUAAUUUUAGAACGUACAUCAGAUGAAUUAGAAAAGAAUAUAUUUAUGGGAGUCCUGCAACUAGAAAGUGCUUAUCAAAAUGCAGUCAUGAAUGAAGAUGCUGAUAAGUGCAUGGUGUUGUGUCGAAUUUUUACUGUGUUAGCAGAAACAUUUUUGCCACGUAUUGUAAACUCUAGUACACCAGCCAAUCCUCACUACUCAAUUAAAGCCUUAGACAUGCUUAUCCUUUGCGUUGGACAUUUCGACUUUGAACUCGCACAGAUAACAUUCACUUUAUGGUACCGACUUAGUGAAGAUCUUUAUCACAAAAAUGAUGAUGCACACACUGCAAUAUUCGAGAGCUACAUUGAGAGACUCAUCGAAGCACUAUUUAAGCAUUGUCAACUGGAUGCUGAUCACGAAGGACUAAUCAAUAAGGAGGACUCUUUCUAUGACUUCCGCUUUAAAGUAUUAGAACUUAUAAAGGACGUCUCAUUUAUCGUGAGGAGCAAAAAGUGUUUUCAACACAUGUUUAAUAUUUUACAAAAUCCCGGCGUGACAUGGGAAGCGACAGAGGCAGCUCUAUUUAUUAUGGAAUGUGUAGCACGCAAUCUCGACGUGAAAGAGGAAAAAAUUGUUCCAAAAGUCAUUGAAGCUAUAUUGAAUCUACCCGAAACUUGUCAUAUUGCUAUUCGUUAUACAUCUGUAAAUAUAUUAGGACAAUUAUGUGACUGGAUAUCAGCACAUCCAUCAACAUUGGAAGCUGUAUUGAACUUUUUAUUAGCAGCACUUCAGCGAAAAGCAGGACUUGCAUCAGCAGCUGCUCAAUCACUUCAAUUAAUAUGUACAUCAUGUCAUAGGGAAAUGAUUAAUCAUGUGAGUGGAUUGCUUGAAAUUGCUCGAUGCUUGGAAAUGUUUGAAGUGCAAGACGAUGCGGCAAUAGCAUUAUUAAAAGGAAUAUCAACAACGGUUAGUCGUUUACCAAAUGAACGAGUUACGGAAGUUAUGAGACAAUUAUGUAAUUAUCAAGUUACUCAUCUAUGCAUGCUAAUGGAAAGUACAACAAAGAAGGAUCCAUCACCAUGGAUUGAUAGACUAGCUGCAAUUUAUCGAUAUAUGAUACCGAAAAUUGGUGAGAAUGAAACAAAUCCAGCAACAAUCGUGAUAACUAGAGAUAAUUGGCCAGUUUUGUCGAAAAUGCUCGAUCAUUAUAAAGAUGCUGAAAAAAUUAUUGAAAGGAUUGUAAGGUGUAUUCGUUAUGGCAUUCGAUGCAUAUCACAUGAUGCUUUGCCAAUUCUUGAAUCCUUAGUAACACAAAUGGUGAAUGUUUAUACAUCACACAAGCAUAGCUGCUUAUUGUAUCUUGGUAGUAUUCUAGUCGAUGAAUUUGGAAAAGAUGGUCGAUGCAUUAAUGGACUUUUGCAUAUGUUGGAGGCUUUCAUUGAACCAACAUUCAAUUUACUCCAAGCUGAAAAUGGUUUGAAGAAUAAUCCUGAUACAGUUGAUGACUUCUUCAGACUUGUUGUUCGAUUCAUUCAAAGAAUGCCAUUAAAUUUCCUCCAAAGUCAACUUGUUACGCCAAUUAUUCAAUGUGCGACAUUAGCAUGCACUUUAGAUCACCGAGAUGCCAACACGUCUGUUAUGAAGUUCCUUACAAAUUUAUUAUCACACGGUAAAAUCAAUGGAGAUCCCUCAAUUCGGCCUUUUGUUCAUCACAUCGUCCAAACCCAUGGUGAAGGAAUUGUUGGAAAUUUACUUUAUGCAUCAAUAUUUUAUCUACAUUCGGAUAUGCUCUCUGAUGUUGUGGAUGUAAUGAUGGAAAUGAAAAGCAUUAAUUGUGAGACAUUUAAUGAUGCAUUAAAGAAAUCGUUGAAUCAAUUGCCACGAAAAAACGCCGGUGGAUCAGUAACAGCAACUGAUGAGCAGAUGAAUGCCUUCUUCUUGAAUGUCACUAAGAGUGGCGUUAGUACACGUCAAAUUUUACACGAGCUUCAGGACUUUUGUCGACUAUUCCGAUAAACUUACAGCCAUAUUCUAUACGAAUUUUAAUACAUAACACAAAAUAUACCAAACAUUUUGCGGAUUAAAAGUUUGACGUUAGAAAUGAUCAACAGUUCCCAGAAGAAAAAAAAACACCACAAAAUUUAAGAUUUUUCAUUUAUAACAAAGUUUAGAUGAGAGAAGAAGGAAGAAGAAAAAAUGAGAAACGCUUCUAUAUUUUAUUAGUUAAAUUAACUAUUUUAUUGAAAAAGAACUUUCAUUUUAUUUUUUAGUAAAUCGAUUCUUUAAUUGAACUUUUUAUUGAAAUUACGGAAAAAAUUUC